CGCUCAUCAACUCGUCAGAUGAACACCUUGGCCGAUACUCCAGUGCUGAUCAAGAGACCAUCAGAAGGGGCCUUGGUAGGUGGUUCACCAUUUGUUGUAUCUCGAGUCUAUGGUCAAGGCCCGGAAGUCAUUGGCGAAAAGACUCCAGAAGCUGCUUAUAGACGCCAUGCUAAGCUCAAAGCACUUGGUGCCAGUCAACAUACUGCACGUACACCUGGCUUGGCUCAAGACCUAUUCGGAGCCGGUUCGUCGUCAGCAAACAAUACGCGGGGUUCUUCUCAGGCAUCUGCAUCAGCUGAUCUAACUCGCUGGAAAGGAAAGGGCCGCGAAGAACAUCCAUCUGCCCCUGAUCCCCCUCACUCUUCAAAUACGAUCAAUAGCGGCUGGGUUCGCGAUAGUGAGUUGGAGCAUGACUUGUUCGAUAGACCGGAUGCCAAGAAACUUCAUCGCCAUUCAUUGGGGGUUUCAAGUAGCUCGAACGUCAGUGAGAAGAUGUCUGCUUCAACACGUGUCUUGAACCCGAUCUCGAAGCCCGCGAAUGUUUAUAGAAACUCGAUUGGUGGUUCGAAUCAGUCUCAGGGGCCUGAUCCACCCACAUCUGAUAUGACAUCUUUUCUGAAUGAGUUGAGAUCAGCUGGGAAAGACAAGCUUAGAAAGACAGUCAGUAGUCUAAAGUACUAUAAUCCUCAGCAGCACUUUGGAAGUCAAAAAGCCACUGUCAUCAGUCCUGAUCAGAUGCCAUUACCUCGAAACCUCGACCCGCAAAACGCUGAACUUAUAAAUCGAGUGAUCGGCCAAACCUUUGGAUCACAAAGCACUCUGAAGCUGUCAGAGUCCCAAACCACCUGUCAACAAUCUGAUAUGUCUUCUUGUUCAUCUAGACCCAUGGAUGUUGCAGAUGGUCACUCAGCAAGAUCUGCUUCUAACACGUCUCUCUUGAGUCGUAAGGUGUAUCCUAGCUCAAUGUCUUUCGAGACAAGGCCACCCAAUAAAGCUUCCAGCGGUUCUUCUGCCCGUCCUACUCUUCUCUCCUCUGUUGCAAACCGGAAAUCAUUUCAUGUGGAGCCAAAGGCGGAUGCCUCUUUAGAUACAAGCCAGGCUGACACAACUGCAAGCUCAAUCCAGGCUGAUGGAACCGAGAGACCCAGGUUACUCUCUGAUCCAACACCGAGUCCUCCCCGAGAAAAAUCUACUCAGAACAACCAAACCAACAGCCAGACGAUCACAAAGAGUGGCUUGAGGCCGAGGUCGGGAAAAGGAAUUGACUUGGGACCUAGUCGACUCUCAAAGGCCGAAAGCUUCGGUCAAUCAAUCUCCUCUCGAGCUCUCUCUGUCAUUGAUCCUAAUCGUCUCCCAUCACAUACAUCAAUCCUUUCACCUUCAAAGUCCAAUGAAGAUUCUCCAUUCAUGAAAUCCGUGACCAGUCUAAGUACGAAUAGCAGUUGUACUGCCCGGAGAGUAAGGAUCGUUGAAGAUCCAGCGGCACUCAAACGAUCUAGCUUACGAUCUUCAUCACACGCACAACCACAACAACAACAACAACCACGUCCAGAGAACCAUAAUGCUAUAACAGAUGAAAACUUAAGAUCAGUAGUAGAAGAAGAAGAAGAAAUCAUAGGAGUUGGAACAGGUCUUAGAAAACCUAAUCAUAUAGUAGGAUAUGGGGUUGGACCGGGUGCUGCUUCUAGUACUUCUGGAUCUGAUUGGAUUGUAGUGAAAUCAGAUUCGAAUCGAUUAGGUGAUGGAGAACCGAAUUUGAGAAGAUGGAAUUUGAAACCAUUAGCUAUGAUUAGUGCUCAUCCUAAAAUCAUGGAUGAGAAUUGAUUGGUUUGAAAAUUUAACGAAACCUUUGAUGAUUUUGAUUUGUUUUUUGUUUAUAUAUAUGGACAUCUAUAUACGCAAGACCUUUUUCUUUUUAACUAUGAUUCAAGUUUUUUAUACCUAUGAAGACAUACAUGUUUAAAUUUGAUCGAUUUGGGUCUGUGUGUGUGUGUGUUUUUUAUACGUUUUGUAUAGUUUUUAUAGGGUACCCUUUUUUUGAUUGAUUUUUUGAUGAAUUUGUUUUGAUUUGUUUUAAAUCUAAUCUUGAAUUUUGAAUUUCUUCAUAUAUAUAUAUAAUUUUUUUUUCUAGUUUUCUCUUUUGUUGUUGUUUUUCUUAAAGAAUGGGUUUAUGUGUGUGUGUAAUGCGUCAAUGGUUGAAUGAACAUGAUUGGGUUCUUGGUUUAUUUUUUUGUUUUCUUUGCAAGAUUUUAAUGAAGGUAAUUUAGAUUAUGUUUAUACAUUUGUAUCAAGCUUUGAUGGGUGUUUUGAAAUUUAUGUUUGAAUGGUGAUACAAGUGUCUUU